AAUAUCAGCAAUAAUUUUGUUUUACUUCAUAAAAAAGGAAAUACUACCAAUAAUAUCAAUAAAUGUGCCUCUUUUCCCCCCUAAACGGACCGCUGAAUUCAGAAACGGCAUCGUUUCCAGCACGUCCCCAUUGUAUCACCAUGUCGGUGGCGUUUGCACCUCACAGGCAGCGGAAAGGUGAUAUAACAGCCGCGGGAAUCCAGAAGUUACUUGAUGAAAACAACCACCUGAUCCAGUGUAUAAUGGACUUCCAGAGUAAAGGAAAAACAGCAGAAUGUUCACAGUAUCAACAGAUGCUUCAUAGAAAUUUAGUGUACUUGGCCACGAUAGCAGACUCCAAUCAGAACAUGCAGUCUCUCCUUCCUGCUCCACCCACUCAAAACAUGCCUAUGGGCCCCGGUGGCAUGAACCAAAGCGGACCUCCUCCCCAGCCCCCACAUGGUCACAAUAUGCCCUCUGAGGGUAUGGUCAGUGUCGGCCCCCCAGCCCCCCAUAUGCAGAGCCAGAUGAACGGACAGAUGCCCGGUCCUAAUCACAUGCCCAUGCAAGGACCCGGCCCCGGCCCCAACCAGCCUCCAAACAUGUCCAGCGGUUCCAUGAACAUCCCCCCCAGCAGCCACGGCUCCAUGGGGGGCUACAACCACACCGUCCCGUCCUCUCAGGGGAUGCCGGUCCAGAGCCAAAUGAGUAUGACCCAAGGCCAGCCAAUGGGGAACUACGGACCCCGACCAAACAUGAACAUGCAGCCGAGUCAAGGUCAAACAGGUCCAAUGAUGCAUCAGCAGCCUCCGUCACAGCAGUACAACAUGCCCCCCGGUAGUGGCGGACAGCACUACCAAGGACAGCAGAACCCGAUGGGCAUGAUGGGUCAGGUCAACCAGGGGAACCACGUCAUGGGACAGAGGCCAAUGCCGCCCUACAGACCCCCACAGCAAGGACCCCCUCAGCAGUACCCCGGACAGGAAGACUACUAUGGGGACCAGUACAGUCACGCAGGCCAGGGCGCCUCAGAAGGUAACGCCCAGUACGGCCAACAGCAGGAAGCGUACCAGCAAGGUCCCCCACAGCAGCAGGGUUAUCCCCCGCAGCAGCAGUACCCGGGUCAGCAGGGCUACCCGCCACAACAGCAAGGUUACGGCCCCUCCCAAAGUGCUCCGGGACAGUACCCCAACUACCCACAGGGGCAGGGCCAGCAGUACGGGGCCUAUCGUCCUCCCCAGCCUGGACCCCCCCAGGGCCAGCAGCAGCGCCCUUACGGUUACGACCAGGGGCACAUGAGGAAAUAAGGAAGCGGGGAUUUGAACCCCUGACUAGCUCUGUAAGAAGCAAAGGGCCAGUAUGGAAAUUACCAGCAAUGAGAGAUGGUCACAGCACCCUCCCCUGCUCUUCUGAUCUCUGUCUGGGCUCUGACCUUUUUUUGGUCAGUCUGUUAGAUGCUGGUUUCAGCUCCUCUUGGAUACAGACACACAAAAUCCAAGAAAACAAGACACAUUUCCCACCUUUUUACGGCUUCUCCUGGUUUCUCUUGCACAUUGGCACGAUAAUGUCCCACUAUGUCUCCAAGCAGCAAUGCCUUAAAAAAAAAAAAAAAAUGGAACCGCCUUAUCCUUAGCAUUGCAGAUUGUGACAAAACUUCAAAUAAGAAACGAUUCAAAUGUAGUUUCAGUCGACUGUGGUGCAUCGUUUCUCAGUCCCUCACCGAAAGAAGCAAUAAUACCAGCAGUUUGGGAAAGGUCAGGGAGGAAACGGUGCAAACGCACCUCCAGCUAGGCAAUGGUACAUGUCUCGAUGUAUGUGAUGAUGUAAAAAUAUAUUUUAUGCUUUUUAGAUCAAGCUAACUUUGUAUAAGACCUUGAAAACUAGUACUAAAGCUGUGUUGUUUAUUUCAGAGAAAAAAACAAGUGUAUGUGUCGGUAUUUUUUAUUUUUUUAUGCUCUUUGAUGGUCCUUUCCAGCACAUUUUCUUUGUUGUUAAACUGUGUAACUAUUAAAUUAGAUUGCCAAGUCAUCGGCUUUGACUUUGUAUCAUGUACACGCAUUCAAAUGAAGCAGAAAAAAUAUGAAGAGCAUGUCUGGAACAUGAAAAAUCUUUUAGAAAUUUGGCCUCAUUGGAGUGGCUGUAGCAUCCGAGUCGAGAAAACUAACAUGUAGCAGAUUUGGUGACAUCGAAAGCCCCCCACUUUUAUUUUUAUUUUUUUACAGUAAAGUGACAAAAAGAUCAAAUAACUCCUAGUUUUGUUAGAUGGUAGAUGGCAGCGCUGGAAUCCCAUCUGCCCUUGGAAUAACCGUCUACGUUGAUGUCAUUUCAAAAGUGUUAUUUGUGAAUACUAAACACAUUUUGUGUCAAAUAUGUAAGAUAAGAUGUGAAAAUAAUGUUCUUGAAAUGGAUUCCUUAAUUUCCACGGUAAAUACUGGUUGUGCAGUUUUAUAUCACUGGCUUGAUAUCUGUAUUAUGGUGCAUAUUUUAUUGAUCCCAUAUGUACAGCAUCAUAAAGAAGAGGAAUCCGGUGUCCUCUUUUAUUGUUUAUAUGGCUGUUCUAAUAUUUUUCAUUCUGCGAUCCCAUUUGAAGUUGUGGUCACAUUCGUGUCAUGGCAAUGUAAACUGUACAUUACAAUAAAUUGGAAAAAUCUUUAAUAUA